CGGAUAAGACUAUGCUGGAUAAGCUACACAAGCAGCACGGACCCAACAAGAACUACCUGAAGCCUCGCUCCGACGCCAACCCCAAGUUCGGCCUCAACCACUUUGCCGGCGUCGUGUUCUACGACACAGUCGGGUUCCUGGAGAAGAACCGCGAUUCGUUCAGCACCGAUCUCGUUCACGUGAUACAGUCGACGAAGAACAAGUUCCUCCUCAACCUGUUUGCGGAGGAGAUACGUAUG